CUCUGCCACCGUAGGUUUCUAAAACCCAAACAAACCGGCAAACAUGGAACCGAUGUGACUUGCAUUUUGUGUCAUGGCGCCCCCCACCGGCACCUGUCCCUCCUGCUAACCCGCUGCCCCCUCAGUGUGUGUGGGUCACUGCUGCUGCUGAGCUCCAUGGUACAGGUGACGCAAUGCUUCAGAUUGAUAUGAACGUCAAGGGUAGAAGAGGAGGAACGCGUCACAGCACCUGUAGAGCGAGCAGUCUGGUCAAUGGUCAUGUCCUAGGCUCGGGUAUUGUUAAUGGGACCGCCUCUCAUAAUGGCUGCCCAGCUUCUGCCAUGAAGAACAGUGAGAGCACACCAGCUGGCAUUCUGAAUGGCACCAAACCACAACACAUGCUUAAUGGUUAUAUUAACCACAGGCGCAGAGGCAGGUGCACUGAAGCAGCGCCCCCGAGGACGCUCAGGAAAGGAGGAGGUUUGAUUUGUGCCGUGACUGAUGCCUCUGCUGGGGUCAGCAGCUCAGACAUUUCAGAUGGUGUCUCAGUCAAUGGGGCCGCAAGUCUAGACAUGUCAGCUUUGCUUGGUAAUUGUGACCAAACGGCACCAGGGCCCAGCCUGUCAAUCUCAGCAGCACCGGCGAAGAACCGGAGGAGAAGGAAGAAAUCCAGACGUGAUAAGAGAGUCUAUGUGGUGCCACGAGAGGAGGAAGACUGGGAGGACGAGGUCCAAGAGGUCACACUCACUGGCUGGGAAAAGAUGUCCUUUGGGUGCAGACCCUAUGAUCCAGAGGAUGUGCUUCAUUUUGCUUUGCGGGAUCUGACACUUAAGCAAAGAGAAAGAGUCGACCUGCCGCUGAUGGUCAACUACAGACCAGCCAAACGCCACCCACGUCCUCUCAAGCUAUCCUGGUACUACACUCCCCCUGAGCCAGGCCAGUUUGCAGACGCUGACGAGUAAGCCACAUAUUUUCUGUAGAGUUAGAGGAGUGCAUCGGUGCCCAUUGGAAAAAUUAGAUGUUGGCCUUUUUAUUUAGCUCUUAAUGGCACUGUGCAGAUUUUCUGGUCGUAGUGCCCAUGCCAAGAAUAUUUGUUCAGUCAUUAUCUUUCUUGCUUCCUAUAAUCUUAAACAUUAGUGGAAGACAUUAAAUUUAAACCUUCAGGUUAGUAUCUAUGCAAAAUCAAAUUGUUAAAGCUAUUGGAGGGUGGAAUCUGGGUUGAAAUCAAGUUGUUUUUUAUCAUUGGUUCUAUUUUAUAUUCAGAUUUUAUAUUUCUUUUAAAUAGCAAGAUAUUAAUUGGUUAGGCUUCUGCGAUCUUAAGGAAUGAUUUUAGUUAAUGUCACACUUCAGUGACUGUUGUUAUCACGAAUGCAUUUGCUGUUGGAUUUCAUAGCUCCAUCAUUUUGCUCGUCUUUUAAAGAACUAAAAUAAUAGUUUCUAUCUUUUAAGUUUUUGUGUUUGAAUGCACCUGAAUCGGAGACACUGUUUUGGUCAUAAGUUGAGCAGUUAUAUAAAUUGUAUUGUUUAUAAAUUGCACAUGUUCACAACAAAUACACGAAGAAGAAGAGGAAUCUUAAUUUGGGACGGCCGACCUUACUAAGACAUUUUGGGUUGAUUGUGUAACAGCGACAAAUCGUUACCUGCCUGUUCAGAUCUUCAUUUUCAU